ACUGUGCUGUGAUUGGCUCGGCGUGACGUGCCCCGGAAGAGGAAUCAUCCACAACGUGCCCACAUGUGUUUGUCGGACUUACAGAAAACAGAUUAAGAAGCCGUCAUCAUGACGUCUUUGGCCCACCAACUGAAGAGGCUCGCGCUGCCUCAGAGCGACCCCAACCUCCUGACACGCAGAGAGGUCGCCUCGCUCCUCUUCGACCCCAAAGAUGCUGCUUCCAUGGACAGAAGCACCUUCUACGCCCUCGGCUGCACAGGGCUGGAGGAGCUGCUGGGAAUCGAACCAGCCUUCCUGGAGUUCCAGGACACACUGUUCAGCCGGGCCUCGAUGACCCUGGAGCGCAGUGUCCAGUCCAAAGAGGUCAACGAGAAGCUGGACGCCGGCAUCUCGCUCUUCCUCACCCGCCUCUGCCCGUACUUCCUCCUCAAACCAGCCCACAAGUGCAUUGAGUGGCUGGUCCACCGCUUCCACAUCCAGCUGUAUAACGUCGACAGCCUGUUGGCGUGCGCGCUGCCGUAUCACGACACCAACGUGUUCGUCAGAGUCCUGCAGCUCCUCAAGAUCAAAGACGCCACCAACCGCUGGAACUGGCUGCACGGCCUGCAGAAACCUGGCGUGCCGCUCUCCAGAGGAACAUUGAUCACUCACUGCUACACAGACCUGAGCUUCAUGGACUUCAUCUGCACCAUGGUCACCAAGGCCAUCCAGGCGUAUUCGGGACACUCUGGCAGUUGCUCCCAGCUCAGAGUGAUCUUCUCCUUCUACGCCUCCUCCAUCGUCCCCGCUCUGGACGCUAUGGACAAGGUGUCCGACGCCAUCAUUUCCAAACUGCUGCCGUACGUUCAGAAGGGUCUGAAGUCGUCUCUGACGGACUACAAAGCCGCCACGUACAUGAUCGUGUGCCAGCUGGCGGUGAAGGUGGUGAUGGAGGCGAGUCUGGUCGACACGCUUGCUGCGCAUGUCAGCAAAUCUCUGCUCAAAGAGCCCGUGUUGGCCAAGGAGGGUGUGGGCUGCCUCAUCGUGCUGCUGCAGAACCAGAAGGAGGGCGCCGCCGGGCCCAGAGCGUUUGGCCGUCUGAGCUCAAUGCCUACGCUGGUGUCGACGCUGCAGGCGAUGGCGGCGACUCAUGAUGUCAGCCCUCUGCUGCGCUACCUGCUGCCUCACCUGAUCCACGCCGUGUUCACCUGCAGCUCAGGUGAGACGCAGCCGGACGAGGUCGGCAUGUUGGAGUCCAUCCUGCAGUCUGUCCCUCUGACCAAAGGCCUGGACCAAACUGUGGCUCGUUUGCUGUUGGACGAGUACCUGAGUCAGACUGAACUCUCUGCUGAAAACCUGUCUGCCCUCGACCGCCGUCUUCUUCCUCUGGUUCGACUGUUCGAGUCCAGAUACUGUGGAGCUCUGGACGGUGUCCUCGCAGGUCAUGUGACGGACGUCGGCAACCCUGAGCAGAAACAUCUUUUCCACCAGUUCCUCUCUUUGUCCAUGAGCAGUGGAAAACACCAGAUUAUGGGAGACUCAGACACGUCGUUGUUGCUCAGUCUGAAACACCCGCUGCCUUCCGUGAGAGUGUCAGCUGUGGAGCACCUGAUGGACAUUGUUACCUCCGGGCAGCAGCAGCAGAGUUUGGACGAAGACUUCCUGAAAGAGGCCGUCAUGGACCGCCUGAAGGAAGACGUGCCGGAGGUCGUGGCUGCUGCCCUCAAGGUCCUUGAGCUGCUGUUUGAUGUGUUGGACCCUGAAGACACUGUGUCCUGUUUACUGUCACUGCUGCACAGAGUGGAUCCGUCAGUGGCAGAGCACUGGCUCCCAGUGCUGACAGAGGCAGUGCGUUUACUGUCUGACCCCCGGCUGGGAAAGGGGGACGCUGAGCUGCUGCAGAGGGCGGGCUGGAGGCUGCUGCCCUUCCUUGUGAUCACUUCCUCACAGCUCCGCCUCGCCUCCUGCAUCGCCCGAUCCUCCAUCAUCACCCAACAUCCGCUCACACUUAACUGGGCUCAAGAGCUGGACAAGGUGAUGAAGAGGAGCUCUGAGUCCGACUUUGUAGGUUUGGCCAACGAGCGUCUCGUCACCACGUUGACCACAAACCUGACAAACAUGGAGCACUUCUCCAAACGAGACGCUCUGGAGAAGCUGGCUCUGUGUGUGGAGCAGCAGCGGGGCUCCGGCCUCAGAUGGAGGGCCUCCUUCCUGGUGCUGACUCGGACUCUUCUGCUCGGCCUUGGCGAGCUGAGCGAGACCCAGCACCUGCUCACCGCUCAGCGGGUCUACAUGCUGCUGGAGACGCCCCUGCUGGAGGUCAUCAGGGACGCCGCUGCCGCCAGUGGUGCUGGUGCUCAGGAAGCAGAGCGCCGUGUCGCCGCCCCGUCCUCCUUCUCUGAAGCCCUGACUGUGUACCUGAGCAGGUGCGAGCAGCAGCCAGGUGACCAGCUGGACAGAGAGUUCAGCUUCGUCCUGAUCGCGCUGCUCAGAGACUUCAUCUCCUCCCUCAGGUGUCCCGACGCCUCCUUCAAAGGUGAGGUGUGGUGGAACCCGGAGAAGCUGGACACAAACACCUGCUGUUACCUGGGGCUCACCUGCCGUCUCUUCAGUGUCAUCAUGAGCGGCGCCGGCGAGGGUCCGGCAGCGGGCUGCUUCAGAGACUUAAUGAAGCUGCUCAUCCAGGUUCACCUGAGCGACCCGUCGAUGCUCUUCCGCUUCCUGUGCGUGCUGUGGGGUUACAGCAGUAACCAUGGAGACCAGCUGGACAUGAAGGUGGGCGCCGUCCUGCAGACUCAGGCUCUGUACAUGGGCCGAGCUCUGCUGAGCGCUCAGUCGGCCGCCACGCUGCAGGAGCUGGUCGCUGCAGACUCACCUGUGGUCCCGUCGUUGCUCUGCUGCCUCACCUCGCCGGUUCGGGAGGUGCGGAGGGCGGCCCUCGGCGCUCUGCAGAGCCUAUCAGGAGCCGACACUUCUCCCUUCCAGCCAAUCAUGGAGAAGCUUCUGAAGACCUCAGAGGAGAUCACUGCUGACCCGUCAUACCUGAGCCAGGCCCUCGGCGUGCUUCAUGAGGAGUGUAUGUCUGCGAAAGCCAAGAUGCAGCAGAAGAAGCUUCAGGCGUCGAUGCAGCAGCUGCUGCAGAGCGUCCAGACUCCCUGCUGCCCGUCAUACACCGCCGGCUGCCUGCUGCGAGCACUAAGCAAUGUCAACGGACAGUCCGUUCUGUCCGAGCUGCUUCCUGUUCUGGAUCGCCUCCUGGAGCAGAGUGGCCCAGACACCCCCACCCUGCUGCGGGCCGAGGCCCAGCUGAUGCACCUUGUCCUGGGGAAAUACAACGAGGCGUCGGCCCCCCUGCUGGCUGAAAACCAGAACUGUCUGGAUCUGUUUAUCAGAGCUCUGAGGACCUCGGCACAGCCACACCCCGACAUGCCCAGCUGCCAGAUCAUCGCUCUGGAACAGAUCACGAAGCCGUUCUUCUCGGCCCUCGGAGACGAGACUGUGCAGCAGAAGCUGCUGUCGGUGAUGUUUGACGUGCUGGUGGAGAGCAGGAGUCCUCUGGUGACCAACACCAUCAGCAGCGUCUUUAAAGGGAUCGCAGUUGACGGUCAGCUGGUGGCCAAUGAGCUCGCUCCGCCAGAGAAACCCAAAGUGAGCGUGACGGUACAGCAGACCCGUCGCAGCAGAAUGAGUCUGAGGAAGCCUCAGGAGGACAGUGAUGCUGGUCCAGAGGGGGGUGCUGUGUCGUGGCAGAGAGUCACUCUGAUCCUGGAGCUGCUGCAGCACAAGAAGAAGCUGAAGAGAGCCCAGACGCUGGUGCCGGUUCUGUUCUCUCUGCUCGCCAGGAGUCUGGAGUCAAGUCCUGGGGAUCAGACCAACAUGGAGUACACUAAACAGCUGCUGCUCAGCUGUCUGCUCAAUGUCUGUCACAAGCUGUCUCCUGACGGGGGAGCUGUGGGACCCGACAUCCUGGAUGAAGAUAAAUUCAGUGUGGAGCUGGUGGUUCAGUGCAUCAGAACGUCUGACAUGCCGCAGACUCACCACCACGCUCUGCUGCUGCUGGGUGCCGCCGCCACCAUCUUCCCUGAGAAAGUCCUGCACAACAUCAUGCCCAUCUUCACCUUCAUGGGAGCCAACAUAAUGCGUCUGGACGACGCCUACAGCUUCAGAGUCAUUGACAAGACGCUGCAGAUGGUCAUACCUGCUCUGAUCCAGGCCCACCAGCUCUCUGAUGGCACCUCUUCGACUCGCGUGGUCGCCGUGGUGACAAGGAUCAUGCACGUGUUUGCUGAUGCUCUUCCGCACGUGCCCGACCACCGGCGGCUGCCCGUCCUCCAUCAGCUGGUGACCACGCUGGGCCCCGCCCACUUCCUCUGGGUCCUGUUGCUCCUCCUGUUCAAGCUGCACGCCACGCAGACGGCCAGCUCUGUCAGCGAGAAGGAUGCAGCUCUGGAGAAAGACGUGGACUUCUGGAUCUCUCUCUGCUGUCAGUUUGAGGUGACCGACCAGCUCACCUCCCUCAUCAACAUCCUGGACUUCCUGCUGCAGCUUCCUGACGACAAAGACAACGCUCCAGUGAAGCGCUCUGUUGGCCGGCGAGGAGCCAAGAAGGAGGAGUCGGAGGAGGAGAAGGUGGAGGAUCUGAUCUUCAGCGUGGAGGCUCACAGCAGCAAAGAACUGAGACACUUCAAGUUCCUCUGCGUCUCCUUCAUGGCUCAGCUGCUCGGCUCGGCCAGCUUCAUCGGGAAGGUUGCUGACGGAGGUGAUGCAGUCGAUGAGUCUCUGCAGCAGCUGCAGCAGAGGCUGCUGGAGGAGAUCCUGCGUUACAUCCACAGCGUCGCUCGCUGUGUGGAGGAAAACGCCGACAAACCCACCGCCAAGUUCUGGAGAGUUCUGCUCAAUAAAGCCUACGAUGUUCUGGACAAGGUGAACUCCUUGUUGCCCACGGAUACCUUCAUCACAGUGAUGAGGGGGCUGAUGGGAAAUCAGCUGGCGUCUGUCAGGAGGAAAGCCAUGGAGCUGCUGAACAACAAACUGCAGCAGCGGACGCAGUGGGACCAACAACAGGUCAUGGUGCUGUUACAGCUGACUGGCGACCUCCUGAGCAUUGUGGGUAAAAGUCACAGUAAGGUGACGGAGGCGGAGCAGGACGCGGAGCAGGCCAUCAACCGGCAGACGGCGCUCUACAGCCUCAAGCUGCUCUGUCGCAGCUUCGGCUCCGACCACCAGGAGGCGUUCGUCCCCGUCCUGCUGCAGACGGUGGACAUCGUCACGGCAGCAGAGGAGGAGAAGAACGUGACAGGCAGCGCGCUGCUCUGCAUCGCCGAGGUGGUCAGCACGCUUAAGGCCCUCGCCAUCCCACAGUUACCAAGGUUGAUGCCAGCGGUGCUGCACGUGCUGACCGACAGGAAGGAGCUGCUGACCAAUGAGAUCUACCUGCUGAGCACCGUCACCGCCCUCCAACGUGUCACUGAGACACUGCCGCACUUCAUCAGCCCGUACCUGCAGGACACCACGUCACAGGUCUGUCGGCUGACUCGACUGGCAGAGAUUUCCUCGUCUUCGUCCACGGCUGCCACUCAGCUGUCCACACGUCUCGCCUCCCUCAGGAGCACCCUCGCCACCAAGCUGCCCUCCAGGGUCCUACUGCCCACCGUCACCAGGUGCUACAGCAGCAUGGUGCUCGACAGGAAGGGUCAGCUGGGGGCGCUGAUGAGCAUCCUGAAGGAACACAUCAGUCACAUGGAGAAAGAGCAGCUCAGCUUCCACCAAUCAGAGCUCACCUCCUUCUUCCUCACCACCCUGGACUUCCGUGCCGAGCACUGUCAGGGCGAUCUGCAGAAAACACUGGAGAUUGAAGGCCGUGUGAUCGACUGUCUGCUCGCCAUGGUGAUGAAGCUGUCUGAGGUCACGUUCAGGCCGCUCUUCUUCAAGCUGUUGGACUGGAGUAAAUCAGGCAGCAAAGAGCGCCUGCUGACUUUCUACCGCCUGUCGGACUUCAUCGCAGAGAGACUCAAAGGACUCUUCGUCCUGUUCGCAGGAAACCUGGUGAAACCUUUCGCUGAUCUGCUGCGACAGACGAACCGCUCCAACACAGAUGACUUCCUGUUUGACAGCGAGGAGAAGAUCAGUCAGCUGCUCCUCUUCGUCCUCGACUGUCUCCACAAGAUCUUCCUUUACGACACGCACAGGUUCCUCAGCAAAGAGCGAGCCGAUGCCCUGCUGAGCCCGCUGCUCGACCAGCUUGAGAACACAGUGGGUGGGGAGCAGGUGUACCAGCAGAGGGUGACUCAGCACCUGGUCCCCUGUGUGGGUCAGUUCUCUGUGGCGAUGGCUGAUGACUCUCAGUGGAAAACUCUUAACUACCAGAUCCUCCUGAAGACCAGACACCCCGACUCCAAGGUGCGCUUCUCCUCCCUGUUGAUGCUGAUGGAGCUGGCGUCUAAAUUGAAGGAGAACUACGUGGUGCUGCUGCCGGAGACCAUCCCCUUCCUGGCUGAACUGAUGGAGGAUGAGUGUGAGGAGGUGGAGCAGCAGGUGCAGAAGGUUGUUCAGGAGAUGGAGAACAUCCUGGGAGAACCGCUACAGAGCUACUUCUAACAUGUACACAGAGUAACCACACACAGCAGGUGUGACGUUAAACUUUUAAACAUCAUGACGAGUCCGUCGGCCUCAUCUGAUGUGAAAUUUGUACUUUUUUACUUGUGUAAAGAAAAUAAACAUCUUUCUUUGUUGAA